CCAAAAUCUCACAGAACCGUAAAAGAUGGAUUAUCCCGUAAAACCACAAUGUCGGCUUUGCUUGACUCCUUCCCCGGAACAGUAUACUUCCAUCCGCGACUCAGCAGUGCACGCCAAGUUGGAUGUUGUCUUCAAAUUUGAGCUGCCCUUGGACGACUCGCUUCCCAAUGUCGUCUGCGCCGAGUGCAGCGUCAAGGUCGAUGAUUUCUACUCCUUCCAUGAAGCUGUCCGAACUAAUCAGGUCCAGCUAAAGACGGCUCGCAUGACAGAUGUCAGUAUACUUGUGCUGGUUGAAGUUAAAGGAGAACCACUGGAUGAUGAAGAGACGGAAGAAACAUAUUCGGGAGAAUGCAGCACCACUGUUGCUGCUGUAGAUCAGUUUGACAAGGAUGAUGAUCAUGAAACAACCACCAAGACUGACCUAGUACAAAACAAGGAUGCUCAGGGCAAAAGCAGCAACCGGAUGCCGGACGACAACUGGAGAAUAGAGCAGUUUUUCAACGGAAUCACGUGCAGCAUUUGUUCGGAGAAGUUUGAAACGUUUGGCAAACUUAAGAUACAUAGCAGGAAAGCACAUGGCCAAAAAGCCGGCAUCACUUGUUGUAAGCGAAAGUAUUUCAAGAAAUGCUAUCUAAUUGAACAUAUAAACUCACACCUGGAUUCCAAACAUUUUUACUGUGAACUGUGCAAAAAGAAUUACGGCUCCAAGUAUUACUUGGGGGUACAUAACUUGCAAUUCCAUGCCAACCCAGAAGAACUACCCUACCAAUGCGACAUAUGCGAAAAAAAGUUCUCCAUGAAAUCUAUCCUGACUGCUCAUUUAAAACGGCACGUGCAAGUCAAGUGCUCCGAGUGUGACCGAACGAUGGCCAACAUUCAGUCACUGAAGGUUCACAUGCUGAAAAUGCACAGUGAACAACCGCGAGAAGCUCCCGCGACUCAUGUUUGUGACGUUUGUGGCCAAGUGUACCACCAGAAGCAAAGCCUCGAGAGGCAUAUCAAUCUGCAGCACCUGGGCGCCAAGGAUACCGAUCGAAUCCAGUGUCCUGUGUGUGCCAAAUGGGUCUACAGUAAGCAAUAUCUGAAAGUUCACAUCCAGAACGCUCACAGCGGAAAGAAUCUGCAGGUAAAGUGUGACAUUUGCCGAAAUGUUUAUGCGAACAAGCGUGCGCUAUCGACCCACAAGCAUAAGGUGCAUGCGGAGCGGAAUUUGGAGUGUGAAGUUUGCGGCAAGAUGUUCAAACAACCAAAACAUCUCAAGGAGCACCGGGCAGCGCACAUGGGUCAACAGCUGUACACCUGUACCGUUUGUGGCUAUGGUUCGAACUACAAUGGCAAUCUGUACACGCAUAUGAAGAACAAACAUCCGGUGGAACAUGCCGAGGCGAAGGCCAGAGGAGACACUUUGCUGACCACACAGGAUGAACCAUCAGAGGUUAGGUAGGUAAGUUGCGAUAUCUGGUUAAACUACUGAAUUCGAAUCAUGAUUCUGAAUGAUUUUUUUUUCGCAUUGUGAUAAUCACACUCCCACGACUUCACCACUUAUUUAUUUUCUCAAAUUUGUGCUACUUCUUUUGCCGUACAAUUUUUCAUGUAUUUACAAACAUCCAUGUUCCAACAUCAAACAUCCGUUUGCUUUUGAGCCGUAUUUUUCCAUACAAAAAAAAAAAUACUUUUUUUAA